GUUGUCCUGGUGAAGUGUGUUUCCGGUCGGUCGGGUUGUCAUGGUGAAGUGUGUUUCCGGUCGGUCGGGUUGUCAUGGUGAAGUGUGUUUCCGGUCGGACGGGUUGUCAUGGUGCGGUGUGGGCUCUCGGUUCUGAGCAAGUAUGGCAGCUUUAUUGACAAUCUCAGAAUUUAUGUUCGUGGCGGGAGUGGUGGAAUGGGACUUCUUCGACUUGGGGGUGAAGGUGGUAAAGGUGGUGACGUCUGGGUUGUAGCGCAAGAUGGAAUGUCCUUAAAAAAGAUCAAGGAUAAAUAUCCAAGUAAACGUUUUGUGGCUGGUGUUGGUGCUAACAGCAGCAUUCGAUCACUUAAGGGAGUAAAGGGAAAUGGUUGUGAAAUUCAUGCUCCAGUUGGAAUUUCAAUCACUAAUGAUGAUGGGCAGGUAAUAGGUGAAUUAAACAAAAAGGGAGAUCGAGUUAUUGUAGCCCAUGGCGGUCGUGGUGGUUCAUUUAUGACUAACUUUUUGCCUUCUAAAGGCCAAAGCAGAAUUAUACGGAUGGAUUUGAAGCUUGUAGCUGAUGUAGGAUUGGUUGGGUUUCCAAAUGCGGGGAAAUCUUCAUUAUUGAGUCAGCUGUCUCAUGCCAAACCUAAGAUUGCAGAUUAUCCAUUCACUACCAUGAGACCAGAAAUUGGCAAGUUAAUGUACAGUGAUUACAAACAGAUAUCGGUGGCUGAUUUGCCUGGUUUGGUUGAAGGUGCACAUUUAAACAAAGGGAUGGGUCACAAAUUUCUUAAACACGUGGAGAGGACCAAGCAGCUGCUUUUUGUGGUAGAUGUAACUGGAUUUCAGCUUUCUUACAAAGCCCCUUUUAGAACAGCUUUUGAAGCUAUACAGCUGUUAACAAAGGAGUUGGAGUUAUAUAAAGCAGAGCUUUUAUCUAAGCCUGCUCUUUUGGCUGUAAACAAAAUGGAUUUGGAGAAUGCUGAAGAGAAGUUUAAAGAGCUGAUGCAACAGCUUCAGAAGCCUGAAGUAUGCACUGGUGUAUGCAGUACAGACAAAGCGGCUGAAAAUAUAAGGGACAAUUUAUCAUACACUUUCAAUAUCCCCUAACAGUAAGUAAGUACCAAAUGCAAACGUUUAGCCAUUCUAAUUGUUUCACAGAAAUGUACUUUGUUAUAUAAUGACAUAUAAUUUAAUAUCUACAAAGUUAGCUGCUUCUACAUAUAGAAAUUCACAUCAUAUGUUGAUAAUAGUGAUGCAAUGCAAUUCAAGGAUUACAGUUCAGUCAUAUCGAAAGUAGAAGGAAUGAUUUUACUGCAUUCAUCUCCAGCAAGUAGGUCUAAAGUGCCAGAACUCAGAUAAUGAAAUCAAAUGCUGCAAUUGUUCCCAUAUUACCUUGCCUGUUGGAAUUUGAUGUUGAGACAAUUUAAAAACCGAUCCCAAAUGGAUGACUGAUAGGACCUGUCCCACAGUCAGCAUAAGCUGGGCAUUUCUCACCUGCACUGCCGGUCAACGAAUGCUCCUGCCUACUUUUCAAACUCUUAAAACUAAUUUAGUUUAAACUCUAUUGCUCACACUUGGUGGAAAAUGCUGAAACUCUUUGUAGAUGAAGAAAUGAUCAAACUUUUUUUUUAAAAUAGAAAGCAUAAUACAAAGUCUUGACAGACACACAUCUAGCACUUUAAAGUUUAACUUCCAAAGGAACAAAAAUUGUUGUUUUGGAGCCUCCUUGGAGGUGCUUCUCUCAGUGAAAGCAGUGCUAUCACAGAAAGGGCAGCAGAAUACCCAUUUGCCUGUCACAAUAGGCGAUGUACUGAAGAUUCAGUGGUGAAACAAGCAACUCAAGGAAAUUCUAAUACUUUGUGAUAGGCUUACUGAGAUGACCAAAAAAAAGGAUGAGGAGAAAGAUUGCAAUUAUCGUAUCAUGAAAGCAAACAUCUUUAAAAAGUAUAACAGUAUCAAAAUAGAAUCGUUUAACACAUUCUGAGAUUGUCAAGAUAUCUUAGUAGGUUCAAGAAAUAAAGUGACUUCAGUGACAACACCAAUAACAAUUUAAAUUAUACAACCAUUAUUUGCUAAUAAUUAGGUGGAAAUUUCAAAAUCAAACUACCAAUGCUUUAUAUGGUUUUCUUGAUGUAAAUCUAUAUGUUCUGAAAUUCUAUGUUGAGUUUCACUGUCUCCCACUAUAACAAGUGGGCGUUGAAAUAUCCACUUGGAAAACAGUGGAGAUUUGGUAGUACAUGUCUAAUCAUAAUAAGGCAAAUGAUUGUCAGGGAUAGAGUUUGAGGGUGGACAUUCUAAACAUUGAGAGUUUACAUUCCUCCACCUCAAGUUGGUGCUGGAAAAUUAGUGCUGUUGUGUAUCAUCACAUUAAUUGUCAGGAUCGUGACCUCAGGAAUUUCACGUCUAAUUCUUAUUAUAACCUUUCGUGAGAAUAAUUGAGAGAAUGUCUCAACCACUUGCCUGUCUGAAUGAAUAGUCAAGAUUAGCAGAGAUGUUAUACAAGUUAUACAAAUAUUGAGAAUGACCUAUAAAUCAUUCAACUGAAGAUUGGAAAUAAGCAGCUAAAUAUAACAGUUCAGCAUUAUCUUGAGUCUUUAAUCCAUAAAAAUGAAGAAGGAGUUAGGAUGAGUAGCCAAAAACUUGUUUAAUGUGUUGAGUUUUAUGCAGGACAGGGAGGUGGUGAGUCAGUGGAGUUAAAGUAAUGUAUUCCAGAGCUUGAGGUCCAGGCAGGUGAACACAUAUCCAACAAUGAUGAAAUGAAAUAAGGGAUGCCACAAAAAACAUGCUGGAGCAGCAGUGACUUUAAAUCUAAUAAAAGUCUAUGGUGACGGGUGAAGGGACUGGCAGAGACAUAGCGUGGGGAGAAUACUAGAAUGUGAACUUUGGAGGAAGCACUGCUGAUAUAUAAGCUAAUGGUAAAAGUGAUGAGUGAACAAAUCUGGUGCAGGAUAGAAUGUAAGCAGCAGAAGUUUAAAUGAGCUGAACAUUCAGAAGGAAGAAGAUGGGAAGCUAUUUAGGAAAGCAUGAAAUAGAAGAAGCUGGAUGUGUCAAAGGCUGAGCGACACUUUGUCCAAAUCCUUUGUGAGUGGUAAAGGUAACCUAGAGAAAGUAAAAAUUGUGUGAAUCAUCAAAAACAAUUGUUAGUAAUACACAUCAGUAGUAAAUCCCAGUAGCUAUUCAAGAUAAAGCACCAUUAUCUCACACACAGCAAUGGUUCAAGAAAGUCAACUUGCAAGUUAACUAGGACAAUAAACUCCCAAGUUCCAAAAAUAAUUAGUUCUAAGUCUAUUAACUGAACUGACCCAAGAGAAUUGUAGCAUCUGUACUUUCAAAGUUUAAUUCACCAUUAAUCUUCACUGCUAGCAGUCUUAGGCUAAUAUGCACCUAGCAUAGGAUCUUAGUUUGUGACUUAUAAACAGAUCUUCAAAAAAACAAAAAAAAGGAAAUCCUAAACCAUUACAGAUUAUUGGUUAGGCCAUAGUUAGAUUAAUGUGGCAAGGAAAUGUACAGAGUAAUUGCAAAAUUGAAACUAGGAAUAAAGGGGCAUUAAAGCUUUCACUUGAAUAAAUAAGGUCAGGAAGGGAUCUGGUUGAGUUGUUUAAAGGUUAUGAGGGGUUCAGUACAGUGAAUGGGGAAGAACUAUUUCUAUAUUUAAAAUAGUCACCAAUGAACAAAGGGAGAGGCCGGGGAGGAAAAAAAAAUGACACAGAAGUUUCUUGGAAUUCCUACAAAAGCAAUGAUGAUAGAAGGAGCAUCAAUAACAACUUUCAUUAGGGAAAUAGCUAAUCAUUUGAGAAACAAAAGGAUGUCAGAAAAGAAAAGCAGAGUUUGCGAUCAAGUGGAUGGUUCUUCCAUAGAAUUGCUGCAUAUGAAUAGUCACGCUCUACUGCAAUGUUAUACCACUGUAAAAUAGUAUUUUCUUUGCUGCAUUUUUGUACAUGUUUUGAGUUUCCUCAAAGAUAUCAGAAGAUUGCCACAAUUGCUGGUUCAUGCCCAGGCAGUAAGUUGAAAACCUAUCCUAUUGUUCAAACCAAAGCUGUUCAUUCGCUUUUUAAUUUUUUAGAAAUUUUCCCCCAACUGUUGAAGAUAUGCUGACAGCAUGAGCCACUGAUUAAAUUAAUUACUGUUCUUAUUAAAAAGAGUUAUGGAAAUUGGGCUGAAUGAAUAUGUUGCCUGUUUAAGGGGAAGGCAUAUUUGAUUAACUGUAGAACAUAGAUCAUGAUUAUCUAACAAAUGCAACAUGAAGAUUUGAUAUCUAGUUGUAAAGUUAUCAUGUUUGAUCAAAUACAGCUGAUAGUAAAGGCACACCCUAGCCCUUUCUUUAAUAACAGUGUGUGUCUAACAUUUGACAUUAUCCAUUUACUUUGCUAAUUUUAUUUGUACGUGCAAGACAUAACUAUGAAUUAUAAAUUUUAAUAGUCCAUACUUUGAACAAUACUUAUGAUUACUGGUGAUCUCGACUAAAUUAAAUGAUCAGUUAUCGGGAAAUAAUUGAUAAUUUGUACCUGCUGCAAUUUCAAAGAGACUUAAUCCUUUACACAAGACACCCAUUUAAUCAGAUGAAACUGUAAUAUUAAGCUAGGUAUGACCCUGUUUCAGCUUAACAUUGCAAACUUCCACUGGUUCAUGUUUGUCAGACAAUAUGUAAAAACUGUACAUAUUUACAAAAAAACUUUCAGAGCAAGCGCUUCUGCCAGUAUCAAAGAUAUGAAUACAAACAGACCAAUCGGGUCUUCAGUUGCAUACACCAUUGUUUUCCACAAAAACCCUUACAGAUGCAAUUUUUAAAAUCCUGUUAUACAGAUUAACCCAAAGCAGCCUUUGCCAAAAUCAUACAUUUCUUGUUUGUUUCUGCAAGCACUUUGUUGUUAGAGAUUAAUAGAAUUGGUUUCAUAACGGAUUCAUGCAUUCAGUAUUAUUCAGUCCAGUGAAUCUGUGCAUGGGGCAGUCAACCAAAUCUUGUUGAAAAUAGCUUCUCUCUGUCUUCUUCCACCGGACUAAGCACCAUAACA